AUGUGGAGCAAGCAGUUGGCAGGCUUUUGGGGGACUGGGGUUCUUAGCUAUGCUACUGUUACGGGCCCCUUGGGUCUUGUUGUCCCCGAGGAGGAAAUCAAGAGAGACAACCGUCAGUGGGAAGGACAAGCUUAUUGGCUCGUCACAGGCGAGGCACCAGGGAGCCAGUGCGGCAAGGAGGGGCAGGUGGCCAGCUCUCCGGAGCGGCCCGCGCGACUUCUGUGGGGCGAAGCCUGGGACGUCCGGCAGGUCGAGGGCAGGCUGUGCUUGCGUCUGCGCUGUCGUGCGGCAGCCACUACAUGCGAUGCGUGGGUCAUCAGCACGCUGGCUGUCCGCCCGGACCAAUCCUUUCCAGAGCAUGAAAAUGGUAUUCAGGUUGGAAUGAGAUUAGAAGGCAUUGACCCCUGACAUCCGUCUGUAUUUUGUGUGCUUUCUGUAGCUGAGGUGUGUGGCUACUGUCUAAGACUUCAUUUUGAUGGUUAUUUAAGCUGCUACGAUUUUUGGACCAAUGCUGGUUCCCCUGACAUUCGUCCAAUAGGAUGGUGUGAAAAGACCAAAUGCGAAUUGCACGUCCCCCAAGGGUAGGGAUCUGUACCUUUUUUAGGUUAUAGAAAAGAUCACAUUUUUUGGAUGGAUUACUUGAAGGCCUGCAGAUUGCAAAAUGCUCCCAGGAAAUUAUUCAGGCACACAAGUUCGAAUGGACCAGGGCCUAAGGAACUUGGGGCUGGAGUGAAGCUGGAAGCUGUCGACAGGAAGAACCCUUCCUUGGCGUGUGGCAACCCCAGCAAACGUUGUUAAAGAUCGCCGCUAGUGCAUUUGGACGAUUGGGGUGAUAGUUACGAUUACUGGUGAGACACCAAUGUAUGUGUGAUGGACAUAAAUCCUUAUGUCCAGCUGGUUGGUUGGUGUCAGGAGAAUGGAAGAACACUGGUAGUACCCGGUGGUUAUCCUGAUCCAGGAAAUUUUUCCUGGACAGAAUAUCUGGAAGCUAUUCAGACUAAUACAGUUCCUUCCAAAGUUUUUAAAAUGUGGUUGCCUCAUGGUUUUCUGCCAAAUAUGAAACUUGAAGUUGUGGGUAAAUGAAACCCCAGGUUACUUCGUGUUGCCAGGAUUGCAGAUGUUGAUGACCAAAGAACAGAGGUUCAUUUUGAUGGCUGGGACCACAGAUGUGACUGUUGAAUGAAUGCCGAAAGCCCUGACAUUCACCCAGUUGGAUGGUGUGACGUCACAGGGUAUGUUCUUUUAGUUCCUGAAAGAGCAAAUGAUGUGAAAAUCCUUCUAGGUCAAGCUGUUUGUCCCACUGCAGGGUGCCGAGGACUAGGCCAUACCCAUGGCCCAUGGAAUUCAGGACAUCCCAGUGCUUCUGGCUGCCCGUAUUCAGACGUGAACUUGAAAAAGGAGGCAGCUCUUCGUGAUCAUCUGAGACAACAAACACAGGCAAAUCUGCAAUUGUCUUCACAUUCAAACUCCAAAGACCUCUGUGCUUUGAACUUCAGUGGAAAACAUGGAAAGCUGAACAGUCAGGCCCGACUUGUACAGCAGAUCAGGUGUUUGACAAUCAAAGGAGAAGAAGCUACGGACUUGGAUAAUCUCUUCAGAGAAUACUCCGCAGAGCAGACACCGCAGGCACUGCACCAGUCAGGCUUCCUGUCGUAGUCAGUUCAGCCUUUCCGGGACCUUCCCCUGAGCAGGGAGCAGCCCUGCAAGCUGCUUCCAGGCGUGGCUGGCAUCCAGGCAGGCAAGAUGGCCUGAUGGACAGUGGAUGAGAAAGACGUCUCAAGCAAGGCAGCCACCUGCAUCCGUGUGCAGAGCAACUGCGUCCUGAAAACCAGCGAAGAAAAGGACCCCUUAGCCUAUGCCGGCCGUCAAAGCAUCGCACAACCCUCGCGCUGGGAGCGAAGCGCCUGGAGCGCAUGCGUGUGGGAGCGCGUCUCCGGGGAGCCCGGGCCGGCGCGGAGCGGCCAGGCCCUCCGUGCUCCCCACACAGUGACGGACGCAGACCUGCAGAUCCACCCGCCGCCCAGCCUCUCUCCAGCUUUCUUGCACGCGGGUGGCCUCAGCCCUAACUGCACAUUAAAAUCAACUAGGGAGCUUAAAAAUGUAUGCCAACACUUGGGCCCCAUCGGGCUGGAUAAGUCUGGAAUCUCUGUGGUGAUGGACAGGAGGAUCAGAGGAGAGAAGGUUCCAGAGUACCGGAGCUUCACACAGAUAGAGACCGUCAUUGUCAUCAUGAUGGCUGAGGAAUGCAGAGAAGCCACCAAAGCCUUCCAUGGAGCCUCUGCUUCCAACCUCCCUCGAAAUGCUCAACAUUUGCCCUGGAACAUCCACGGAGACUGGGCCCACAAGAGACCAGACCAGCUGCAGAAUAAUAGUGCAGAUAUCAGUGAUGGACUCAUUCUGAUCCUGACUGUGUGGAUAGGUGACGUGAGUGUAGGACAUGCCCACAGUCCCCGGGCAUCACGCUGGGGCCCCCAGAAACUGUGGAAACGCGACCUGCGUGGUGGCCACUCGCCAUCCCGUGACUCUUGGCAGACUGAUGGCAAAGCCUUGCUGCUUCUGACACAGACAGACAUCGUCAAGGUGAUGACGGUCCAGCUGGGCCCCGCCCUGAGGACUGAUAACUUCCUCAUGUUCAGGAGCUCCCAGGGCCUCACUGAGGAAGAUGCUGUCUCAGGCCAAGAAGUCGGGAAAGCGUGA